AUGAGCACCAUGCGCCUGCUGACACUCGCCCUGCUUUUCUCCUGCUCCUUUGCCCGCGCUGCCUGCGACCCCAAGAUCGUCAACAUCGGAGCUGUGCUGAGCACGAGGAAGCACGAGCAGAUGUUCCGUGAGGCCGUGAACCAGGCCAACAAGCGGCAUGGCUCCUGGAAGAUCCAACUCAAUGCCACCUCCGUCACCCACAAACCCAACGCCAUCCAGAUGGCCCUGUCGGUGUGCGAGGACCUCAUCUCCAGCCAGGUCUACGCCAUCCUAGUUAGCCACCCACCUACCCCCAACGACCACUUCACUCCCACCCCCGUCUCCUACACAGCCGGCUUCUACCGCAUCCCCGUCCUGGGGCUGACCACCCGUAUGUCCAUCUAUUCAGACAAGAGCAUACACCUGAGCUUCCUUCGCACGGUGCCGCCCUACUCCCACCAGUCCAGUGUGUGGUUCGAGAUGAUGCGCGUCUACAGCUGGAACCACAUCAUCCUCCUGGUCAGCGACGACCACGAGGGCAGGGCCGCGCAGAAGCGCCUGGAGACGCUGCUGGAGGAGCGCGAGUCCAAGAGUAAAAAAAGGAACUAUGAAAACCUCGACCAACUGUCCUAUGACAACAAGCGCGGACCCAAGGCUGAGAAGGUGCUGCAGUUCGACCCGGGGACCAAGAAUGUGACGGCCCUGCUGAUGGAGGCGCGGGAGCUGGAGGCCCGGGUCAUCAUCCUCUCCGCCAGCGAGGACGAUGCUGCCACCGUGUACCGCGCAGCCGCGAUGCUGAACAUGACCGGCUCCGGGUACGUGUGGCUGGUGGGGGAGCGCGAGAUCUCAGGCAACGCUCUGCGCUACGCCCCGGACGGCAUCAUCGGACUGCAGCUCAUCAAUGGCAAGAACGAGUCAGCGCACAUCAGCGACGCCGUGGGCGUCGUGGCCCAGGCAGUGCAUGAACUCCUGGAGAAGGAGAACAUCACCGACCCGCCCCGGGGCUGCGUGGGCAAUACCAACAUCUGGAAGACAGGGCCGCUCUUCAAGAGAGUGCUGAUGUCUUCCAAGUAUGCAGACGGGGUGACAGGCCGCGUGGAGUUCAAUGAGGAUGGGGAUCGGAAGUUUGCUAACUACAGCAUCAUGAACCUACAAAACCGGAAGCUGGUGCAAGUGGGCAUCUACAACGGCACCCAUGUCAUCCCUAAUGACAGGAAGAUCAUUUGGCCAGGUGGAGAGACAGAGAAGCCCCGAGGGUACCAGAUGUCCACCAGGCUGAAGAUUGUGACGAUCCAUCAGGAGCCUUUCGUGUACGUCAAGCCCACGCUGAGCGAUGGCACAUGCAAGGAGGAGUUCACCGUCAAUGGGGACCCGGUCAAGAAAGUGAUCUGCACUGGACCCAACGACACGUCGCCAGGCAGCCCUCGCCACACAGUGCCUCAGUGCUGCUACGGCUUCUGCAUCGAUCUGCUCAUCAAGCUGGCGCGCACCAUGAACUUCACCUACGAGGUGCACCUGGUGGCUGAUGGCAAGUUCGGCACUCAAGAGCGGGUGAACAACAGCAAUAAGAAGGAGUGGAAUGGGAUGAUGGGCGAGCUGCUCAGCGGGCAGGCGGACAUGAUCGUGGCGCCGCUGACCAUCAACAACGAGCGUGCACAGUACAUCGAGUUCUCCAAGCCCUUCAAGUACCAGGGCCUGACCAUUCUGGUCAAGAAGGAGAUCCCCCGUAGCACGCUGGACUCGUUCAUGCAGCCCUUCCAGAGCACGCUGUGGCUGCUGGUGGGGUUGUCGGUGCACGUGGUGGCCGUGAUGCUGUACCUGCUGGACCGCUUCAGCCCCUUCGGCCGGUUCAAGGUGAACAGUGAAGAGGAGGAGGAAGACGCGCUGACCCUGUCUUCGGCCAUGUGGUUCUCCUGGGGCGUCCUGCUCAACUCGGGUAUCGGGGAAGGCGCCCCCCGAAGCUUCUCAGCGCGCAUCCUGGGCAUGGUGUGGGCCGGCUUCGCCAUGAUCAUCGUGGCCUCCUAUACCGCCAACCUGGCGGCCUUCCUGGUGCUGGACCGGCCGGAGGAGCGCAUCACGGGCAUCAACGACCCACGGCUGAGGAAUCCCUCCGACAAGUUCAUCUACGCGACGGUGAAGCAGAGCUCGGUGGACAUCUACUUCCGGCGGCAGGUGGAGCUGAGCACCAUGUACCGACACAUGGAGAAGCACAACUACGAGAGCGCCGCCGAGGCCAUCCAGGCCGUGCGGGACAACAAGCUUCACGCCUUCAUCUGGGACUCGGCAGUGCUGGAGUUCGAGGCCUCCCAGAAGUGCGACCUAGUGACCACUGGCGAGCUGUUCUUCCGCUCGGGCUUUGGCAUUGGCAUGCGCAAGGACAGCCCCUGGAAGCAGAAUGUCUCCCUGUCCAUCCUCAAGUCCCAUGAGAAUGGCUUCAUGGAAGAUCUGGACAAGACAUGGGUGCGGUACCAGGAGUGUGACUCUCGCAGCAACGCCCCUGCUACCCUCACCUUUGAGAACAUGGCAGGGGUCUUCAUGCUGGUGGCUGGGGGCAUCGUGGCCGGGAUCUUCCUGAUCUUCAUUGAGAUAGCCUACAAGCGACACAAGGACGCUCGCCGGAAGCAGAUGCAGCUAGCGUUCGCAGCCGUGAACGUGUGGAGAAAGAACCUGCAGGAUAGAAAGAGUGGUAGAGCAGAGCCCGACCCUAAAAAGAAAGCCACAUUUAGGGCUAUCACCUCCACCUUGGCUUCCAGCUUCAAGAGACGUAGGUCCUCCAAAGACACGCAGUACCAUCCCACUGAUAUCACGGGCACGCUCAACCUCUCAGAUCCCUCGGUCAGCACCGUGGUGUGA